AUGCAGCGACUUAAAGAGUACCAUAUGGUUAGGACAGAACAAUUAGCAGAAGGAAGCUCGGAAGAGGUGCCCGAAACACCUAUGGGGGAGGUCAUCCAUUAUAUUCCUCAUCAACCAGUGAUCCAAGGCCAGGCCGACUCAACAAAGAUGAGGAUAGUUUAUGAUUGUUCAGCAAAGACACAUUGUCAAGUACCUUCCUUGAACGACUGUUUGAAAGUAGGACCCCCUUUACAACCCACGUUAUUUGACCUCCUUGAAAAUCGCAUGAAGAUGUUGUGUAUCACCGGAGAUAUUCAAAAGGCCUUUCUUCAAAUUAAAGUGGACCUAAGAGAUAGAGAUGCCUUUCGCCUUCUAUGGUAUGAGAACCUCGACUCAAGAAUGGUGAGGCAGUAUUGUUUCACCAGAGUGAUUUUUGGGUCAGGACCAAGCUCAUAUAUUCUUGGGGCCACACUUCAAAAACAUGUGAGCCAGUAUGCUGAUAAGUACCCCAGUACUGCUGAUGAGUUGCUAAAAAACACCUAUGUUCAAUCAGGUGGUGAUUGUGUAGAAGAGCUGAUCAAUUUCAAAAAGGAGGCCACGUGA